AUGUCUCCAAGUCCUUUGUUGACAGAGAAAGGUGACAUGCAGAGCUGGCCGUAUCCUUUCGAUAGGCACUCUCGACGUGUACGACACUACUGGCUGAUUGUGCUUUGCUUCUGCACUGGAUGCGUGCUCACAUGGAUUCUGGUCGAUCAAUGGACCACGCCCUCGCCCGUAGACGCGGUGCCCAUACAUCAGGGACCUACAAAAGAGAGCAACAAGCCGCCGGCUCCUGCAAUAGCCAUAGCCGUGGCGAGCCAACGAGGCGAUAAUACGUCUUGGCUGAACUUCUUCUCCAAAUGGCCGAAAACAGUCUAUGUCACCGACGACCCUGCUGCGAACUUGACAGUGCCGGCAAACAAGGGUCGUGAGGGCAUGGUGUAUUUAACAUACAUCAUCGACAACUACGACAACCUGCCAGAGACUAUUAUCUUCUCACACUCGAAAAGAUUCCAGUGGCAUAACGACGACCCUCUCUACGAUGGCCAAGCAGUCCUAGAAAGAUUGAAUAUCCCUUAUGUCCAGUCCGAGGGAUACGUCAACCUCCGAUGCGUGUGGAAUCUAGGAUGCCCAGCAGAAAUACGACCAUUAGUUGAAGCUGAAGCGCCGUUCCCUGCCUCUGAUCCGCACUCUGAAGGGGCGCGGGCGGGGUCAUUCUACAAGGAGACCUUCGAGGAGCUCUUUCCAAACGUGACUGUCCCGGAACAGGUUGGCUUAUCUUGCUGCGCACAAUUCGCAGCCACAGCGAAGAAGAUCAGAGAAAGACCGAAGAGUGACUAUCUGCGAUAUCGAGAUUGGUUGAUCCGGACGCCUCUGAAAGACCAUCUUAGUGGUAGGAUUCUAGAGUAUUCAUGGCAUAUCAUUUUCGGCAAAGAUGCCGUGUUCUGCCCAGUGGCAAGCGAGUGUUAUUGCAAACUUUUCGGGCUAUGCGGGCUCAAAUGCGAGGAAGAGGGCGCAUGUCGCGAUGCAUACACGUUACCACCAGUUGCGACACUUCCAGAGAGCUGGCCGGAUCGUGAUUGGGACGACAAUUGGCGCAAUGCCACGCAGGUCCGGCAUAAGUUCGUAGAGGAUAAUAUGCGAAGUCGACCGAGCCCCGAUCCACUGCGAGGUUGA